AUGGCUCAUCCCAGGGGUCGUGCCACUGACAGACCGCAGCCCUGCAAAACCUUUUCUGGAGCACUUUGUCCCCACGGGAGCCAGCAGGAACAGGAAGACAGGAAAAGCUGCUGGGUGGGGGGUGCUGGUGUGCGUACAGGUGUGGGGAGCAGCGCCUCCGGGCGGGCGGCCCCAGGGUUGCGGGCAGGGCACGGCCACGCUCCGAUCCGCCCCGUCUCGGCUUCCCCCUCACCUUUCCUGGCCGGGAGCCGCCCCCGAGGGGCCGGGCCAGCAGCGGCGGGAGGACACCCGGCUCUAGCCGGCGGCACCGUGCGGCAGCGCAGCCCCGACGCCUCCGCCUCAGCCAUGUCCUCCAGCUCUCCCCCGGGCGAACACAAGAGCCGGAGCCUGGGCCGGCUUUCCCUGCCUAGGAAGGGCAGUAUGACGCCCGGCAAGAAGCCCCCCUCGCUGGAGCUGGCCGAGAGCGUCCCGAACGCCCACUACACCCCGAUCCCCGAGGGGCAGGGCGGGCGGCCGCCGGCAGGCAGCGGUCCCGGAGCGACGCGGGAAAGGCCGCCACACGUGAAGAGCGAUGUGGUGGUGGUGGGCGCGGAAAGCUCGCGGCCCCCGGUCAACCUGGACCCCCGCGUCUCCAUCUAUAGCCUCCGCAAACCGCUGCUGAGUCGCAGCAACAUCCAGGGCCGGGUGUACAACUUCUUGGAGCGGCCGACGGGUUGGAAGUGCUUCGUGUACCACUUCACCGUCUUCCUUAUUGUGCUGAUAUGCCUUAUCUUCAGUGUGCUUUCUACAAUUGAACAGUAUGCAGCUCUUGCUACAGGGACGCUGUUUUGGAUGGAAAUUGUGUUAGUGGUAUUCUUUGGAACAGAAUAUGUGGUUCGGUUAUGGUCAGCAGGAUGUCGCAGUAAAUAUGUUGGAAUAUGGGGAAGGCUUCGUUUUGCUAGGAAGCCUAUUUCAAUCAUCGAUUUAAUUGUAGUUGUCGCUUCCAUGAUAGUUCUGUGUGUGGGCUCUAAAGGUCAAGUCUUUGCAACCUCAGCUAUCAGGGGCAUCCGUUUCCUGCAGAUUUUGCGGAUGCUGCAUGUUGACCGUCAGGGUGGCACGUGGAGGCUGUUGGGAUCAGUCGUCUUCAUUCACAGACAAGAACUGAUAACUACACUCUACAUUGGAUUUCUGGGCCUGAUUUUUUCCUCUUAUUUUGUGUACCUGGCUGAAAAAGAUGCUGUAAAUGAUUCUGGAGAAACAGAGUUUGGCAGCUAUGCAGAUGCCCUAUGGUGGGGAGUAGUGACAGUUACAACUAUUGGCUAUGGGGAUAAAGUACCUCAGACCUGGAUUGGAAAGACCAUCGCUUCUUGUUUUUCAGUGUUUGCAAUUUCAUUUUUUGCACUACCUGCGGGAAUCCUUGGUUCAGGCUUUGCCCUGAAGGUACAGCAGAAACAAAGACAGAAGCAUUUCAACCGUCAAAUUCCAGCUGCUGCCUCUCUCAUACAGACUGCCUGGAGAUGCUAUGCAGCAGAAAACCCAGACUCUUCGACAUGGAAAAUAUAUAUUCGAAGACCUGCCAGAAAUUAUCAUUUGCUGUCACCCAGUCCAAAACCAAAGAAAUCAGUGAUGGUUAAAAAGAAGAAAUUUAAGCUAGACAAGGACAACGGGCCUUCUUCUCCAGACAAGAUGUUAACAGUUCCACACAUCACUUAUGACCAUGUGACGGAUGACAAGAAACCUGAUUUCUGUUUUGACACAUACGAAAAUUCUGAUUGUCAGCGUUCCUGGCCAUCCUUUUCCACAGACCAGCAAUCUUCCAGCGCUCCUUCCUCUCCAGUGAAAAAAAGCCCGACGUUUUUAGAUGUGAACACAGGACCCUUCAUCAGGACCAACAGUUUUGCCGAUGAGCUUGACCUGGAGGGUGAAACGCUGUUAACCCCAAUAACUCACAUCUCACAGCUGAGAGAACAUCACCGUGCUGCAAUUAAAGUGAUUCGAAGAAUGCAAUAUUUUGUGGCCAAGAAAAAGUUUCAGCAAGCUAGAAAGCCAUACGAUGUCCGAGAUGUUAUUGAGCAGUAUUCCCAGGGUCAUCUCAACCUGAUGGUGCGAAUCAAGGAGUUACAGAGAAGGUUGGAUCAAUGCAUAGGGAAGCCAUCUCUUUUCAUCUCUGUCUCAGAAAAAAGCAAAGAUCGAGGGAAUAACACGAUUGGUGCCAGGCUGAACAGAGUGGAGGACAAGGUUACGCAGAUGGACCAGAAACUGAACCUCAUUACUGAGAUGCUGCAUCGUCUGGUUUCAAGUCAUCAGGGGGAUCAAGGGAACAACAGGUCAUCUCAGAAAGGCAACAGCAUUAAUUCAGAUCUCUUCCUCCCAAACAACACCCUGCCAACCUACGAGCAACUGACCGUGCCGGGAAGAAAUGAAGACGAUAUAUCCUGAUGUGGUAAAAGUCUGGGUUGGGUUCUUCCCACCUUUCUCCUUUAAAUGGAACUUGGAAGGAAAAUCAGUUCAUCAGACAUCCAAGAAAACACAUGACUGCAAUAUCUAUACCACUGGUCUCAAAUGCACUCUUCUAAAACCACUCGUAAUAGCCCAAGGAUUGACAGGCUGUGUUCUACCAGGCAAAACCUACCAAAGCUCCACAUUGAUUCUAUUGAUGAACAAAAAUUAUAGCAACUCAUUAUUGCUCAGAAAGACCGAAACAAUGUUAAAGGCAGGCAAAAUUGCAAAGAUUUAGAGCUCCUUUAAUAAUAAUAACAGUAAUAAUAAUAUUGUAAUAAUACUUGAACUUAGAUAGGAAAUCUGCAUUUUGUUUAUGAACCUGCAGAUAGCAAUAUAUUUCUACUACUAAGGUUUUUAAAACAAAAUAGGAUAACUUAUGUUGUUUUUAUUGUAUAAAUAUACCACUAACAUUCUUGCGAAUGACAAACCACAUGCUGAAUGAUUUUCUUUUGCUGUUUUAUUUUAACGUUGCUACAUAAACAUUAUCAGAUAAUGACCAGAUUUUUUUAAUCUGUUUUUCUUCAGGGAGGAACUAAUACUUAAUCUGGAACAAUACUAUUUAUAGUGGAAAGCGCUAUAGAUUUUUUAAGAUACCAGUUUUUAACAGGGAGACAAUAAAGUAUUACAUAGAAAAAUGAUUCUGCUUUCUAGAAAAUUGUUGCCAAAGAAUUUAUAUAUAAACAGAAAACGCAGUGGUCUGAAUGUACUUGUCCUGAAAUAGCUUUUUAAAAAGAAGAUCCACUACUUCUUAAAUCUAUUUUUUAUUUUUUUUUUCAGCUUAUGCUAUCCAAGAGUAGUACAACAGCAUAACGUGACUGGACUUGCAGGUCAAGUGCUUGAGCUGGCCACUUUCUGAGCAUCCAUAAUUCUCAUAGGAAUCAUGGCUCCAGUUCAGGAAAGCCUCCCUUGUCCAGACAGCAUUUAAUAGUUUCCUGAAUAAUUGAAUGAGAAAUUCUGCUCCCUACCAAAGUCAUUAGAUAUUCAGAAGUGCCAGCUCCAAUCAAAAGGACGCAGGGCCUAACCUGCAAGCCACCUCACCCCACAUUAUAGUUGCAAUAAGAGCAGCAGUGUUUGGCUUGGUGUGAUUUUUCACAUGCACAACGUGAGCAGGAAAACGUGAGCAGGAUUGGAGCUUUGCUUACUAAAAUUGAAAUUCAACCCUUGCUGAUAGUUAACACCUCUACCAUGCACACUUCCUUGAAAGUGGAACGUCCUUAAAUUUGACAGUGUUGUAAAAUGGAGGAUUACAACAUAGCUAAUUAAUGCUAUGAAAGACUUCAGUGUUUGAAAGCAAGGAGACAUAUAUAUACAUAUAUAAAUAUAUAUAUAUAUAUAAACUGAUGCCCUAAAGCCUCAUAAUUUUGCUCAGCAGUUAGCAUUAGCAGUCUUUAGGAUGUAUAAGCAGUCUGAAAUACUGAUGUGUAAUGACCUGAGAUCGCAGGGAACCAUCUCAUAGUAUUGCUUACAUGCUGAGCCUUGUUUUAAACGUGAAACAUUUCACCUCUUUCACUUGGACUGCAGAGGAAAGUAUGCUGUAUUUAUGUUAUAAUCAUCUCAUCUUGCUGCUGUACAGUAGAUACAUGUUAAGGGUGGAGAAAUGUAUGGACAUAAACAGGAAUUGUACCUGGGCAUUACGUUUUAUAGAAAUCAAAAUUAUUGUGAUGAUUUUGAAUAUUUUUAAAUAAGAUUAACUGUGUAAUUUCAGAUUAUUGAUCAAUCUCUAAUUUCCUAAUAAAAUACAAGAGAAGAUUA